AUGGUCUCUAGACAGUGUGGAUGGGGCGACUGGAGUGAUUGGUCGGCAUGCAACGUGUCGUGUGACACCGGCCUGCAGUAUCGGCACCGACGUUGUCUGAAGUGCGGGCAAGGGCACAACAAAGAAAUGCGAAAGUGCAACGAUUUCCCGUGCGACGGUGUCAUGGAACUGGUUGCGCCGGGCGACCGCGUGCGCACCGUCGGUGGUAAGCUGAACGGUAGCGAAAAUGGGUUCAGUCUUCUCGACGCAGUCGGCUUCACGAACACGUUUUCACUGUUGAUCACGCUGAGAGUACAACCAAAGGUGGACUUUGGUACUGUAUUCCGUUUAUCUUCAUCGGUAGAACCAUUGAAGGUCAUAACGCUUGAAGUCAGUGGUCCAGAUCUAUUACGAGUGUCUGUAAACACGAGGCAGUCGAAUAGAUCAGUGCUGAUCGCUGCGGUUUUAGCCGAUGGAAUUACUCAUCAGCUAGGAUUGGGAUUUCAAGAAGAUGAAAUCAUAGCGUAUUUGGACUGUAGAUGGGUUACGACUGAGACGCUGAUGCAAAAUUCAUAUGCCUCAUCUCCGGAAUAUUAUGACAUGGACGUCUUCGAGGAAUCGUUAACGGCGGACUUGAUGCAAAUGAUCGUCGUGCCGGACCCAACAGCCGUUUCAGACCAGUGCACCGUGUUUCGGAUAGCCGUGCUGGACACGGAGAUUGUCAAAACCAAAAUAAGAGAUAAAUCUCAACCAGGCACCAAUGGAAUAAUUAACGGUGAACAUGAAACCAAAAGAACUAUUUCCAAACACUCGGAGUCCGUUUAAUGAGACCCGAGGAUGGACCUCGAUCGGAGACUGAACAAAGAAUACGACGACGUAUCAACGCAACCGUGUAUUAUGCAUAAUACCAUAUUAUUGUUACAAUAAGAUAAUAAUAGUCGGUAUUGAAAAAAAAAAAAUAUAUUCGAUAACUAUUAUAAAAUAUUAUAAUAACGAAAUUAUUGUUCGAAGUUCUCGGAACAAGGUGUGCACACAUAAUAAGACGUACCAUGAAUGAUGUCGAUGUAUAUAAUAAUAAUAAUAAUAAUAUGUAUUUGAUGUUUGUAUAUAAUUAUAUUACAAAAAUACGAUAAUAAUAUUAUAUGCACAGUGCACACACAUCGUUGUGUGUCUGCGUGUGCGUGUUGUGUACGCGAGCAAUGUUUUAUUGUAAUUAUUAUAAUAAUAUUAUGUUAUUAUCCGUAAACUAUUAAAACGAUAAGCUUUUCAUCAACGGACUUCCUCUUUUCACGCGCAGUCUCGUUUUCGCGGUACAUGUUGUGUUAUAAUAAAUAAAAAUAUGAAUGUAAUAUAAAAAAAAAAAAAUACAAAAAAAC